UCACUCGGGCGCGACGCGGAGUCACUCGGGCAAUGCGCGGCGCAUCGCUGUGACGUCAUCGCGCAGCAUGGCGGGCAGCGGGCGGCGGCCGGAGCACCGCGGGCCCCCUGAGCUGUUCUACGAUGAGACGGAGGCGCGGAAGUACACGCAGAACUCCCGCGUGGCCGAGAUCCAGGCGCAGAUGGCGGCGCGGGCCGUGGAGCUGCUGGCGCUGCCCGAGGGGCGGCCGUGCCUCCUCCUGGAUGUGGGCUGCGGCUCCGGGCUGAGCGGGGAGCACAUCUCCGAGGAGGGGCACUGCUGGAUCGGGGUGGACAUCAGCCGCGCCAUGCUGGAUGUGGCCGUGGAGAGGGAGGUGGAAGGAGAUCUGCUCCUCGCAGAUAUGGGUGAUGGCAUUCCCUUCAGGCCUGGCACGUUUGAUGGCUGCAUCAGUAUUUCUGCAGUGCAGUGGCUUUGUAAUGCUGACAAGAAGUCACAUAGUCCUCCAAAACGCCUUUAUCGGUUCUUUUCAACUCUUUAUACUGCCUUGGCCCGAGGAUCCCGAGCCGUACUGCAGUUGUACCCUGAGAACUCAGAACAGCUGGAGCUCAUCACGGCCCAAGCCAUGAGAGCUGGCUUUACUGGUGGAAUGGUCAUAGAUUACCCCAACAGUGCCAAAGCUAAGAAGUUCUUCCUCUGUCUCUUUGUUGGGGCAUCUGGCACGUUACCAAAGGGCCUCGGUACUGAGUGCACUGAUGGAGAAGAGAUACACCAGGCAAAAUUCACCAAUGAGAGGACACGGUUCAGAAACGCCAAGGGCAAGUCUGUGAAGAAAAGCCGGGACUGGAUUCUUGAGAAGAAAGAACGCAGACGACGACAGGGCAAGGAAGUGCGGGCAGACACAAAAUACACAGGUCGGAAGCGCCGCCCUCAGUUCUGAAUUGCUGUGGACAUUGCUGACAUGGAAGAAUGUGUGUUGGCCUCACUGGCAGAGCGGCAGCGUUCUGGCCACUUGGUGUCUGUCGUGCCGUUGCGUACCUUCCCAGCCAUCCGGAGCUCCAGGCAAGCCCAGAACAUUAUAGGCAGACACUUUUCUGAACAGUCAUCAAUUUAAAACGUUGUGGGUCUCCUGUGUCUUGUCAGUGCAGGGGAGCACUGAGGUGGGAAACAGAGUAGCUGGUUCCCUGCCAGCUUCCCCUCUGCGUGCAAGGAAGUAGCCAGGCAGUAUAGAAGUGUGUCUGAUGCGUACAAAUCUUACUCUGGGCAGGUGGGCACAAGUGUUAUCUGAGCUCUCCUGUGGUGAUUCCUCUUGCAUGUUCUUCACAUCAGGUCCCCCCAGUCCGUGUUAAUGCUCUGAGGGUGCUGGAGCGUUCCUUCCCCCCCCUCCCCCCCCCCCCCGCCCUUGCUCCCUGUCACCUCUACCCUUCCCCUUGAACAGAGGUGCCAGCCAGAGCUAUACAGUUACAAAUGUUUAUUCUACAUAAAAAUUCCACAAAAUGGGAAGCUGUUUUGCACCCAAAGCUUUUGGGAGAAGAAAGGCAGGCUAGCAGAGUGGGAAAGGGUGGAAAGGGUGAAGGAGAUAAGAGGCAACAAUACAGUGUCAUCCAGCCCAGUGAGACAGAGCAAGCCAGGGUCAAGAUCCACAUAGAAAACAAGGACACUUAGCUCACAGUACAGCAACAGUACAACUCCACAGGGGGCUCAGAAAGCCUUCAAGUACGUUACUUACUAAAAAAAAAAAAAUUAAAAAAACCCCAAAACAA